ACUAAGGGUACUAGCUCCUUCGGUAAGCGUCAUACCAAGACCCACACUCUCUGCAGACGCUGUGGUAACCGUUCUUUCCACAAGCAAAAGAAAGAAUGUGCUCAAUGUGGUUAUCCCGCCGCUAAGACCAGAUCUUACAACUGGUCCGAAAAGGGUAAGCGUAGAAAGACCACUGGUACUGGCCGUAUGGCUCACUUGAAGCUCGUCCAACGUCGUUUCAAGAAUGGUUUCCGUGAAGGUAAAUAUAUCAGUAAAAGGAUUCAUGCUUUUCUCUUGAUCAUCAUCAUUGAUAAGGUAUUUUUGUUUGAUAUUAGGUACCCAAGCCAAGAAGCAAACUGUUGCUGCCUCUGCUUAAAUCAACGUCUGAACAAUUUGAAAAGAUACGAAAAACUACCAAACACUUGUUGGUUUUUUUUUAAUCAUUAA